AUGGAUUUCGCCGGCAGCAAGAAACGCAAGUUCAAGGACGCCAAUGGCGUCAAGGCUUCAAAAGGGAAAAAGUCUGUUACCGUUCCCGAAAAGAAAUCAAAGAAAGUCAAGCGCACCGAACCCGAGCCCCGCGAAGAGCCCGAAGACGAUUCUUCCAACGAGGAAGAGGAGGCUCUGAAGGAGGACGAGGACGAGAGCGAUGAGGCUGAUGAGGAUGCCGAAGAUUCCAAGUCUGGCGAAGAACAGGAAGAGGAGGAUACCGAAGAUAAGGCCGAGGACAACACAGAUCUGCCUGAUGGCGGAAAGCUCACAUUACCCCCAGUUGCUGGAGCUGAGUCGCAAUCUUUUGCGGAGCUGAAUCUUUCCGAGAAGACCAUGAAGGCCAUCAAUGAGAUGAAGUUCACCAAGAUGACUGAGAUUCAGAGGAGAGGUAUUCCUCCCUCGUUGGCUGGUCGCGAUGUUCUUGGUGCUGCCAAGACUGGUUCUGGAAAGACUCUGGCCUUCCUUAUUCCUGUCAUUGAGAUGUUGAGCUCUCUGCGUUUCAAGCCUCGUAAUGGUACUGGUGUCAUUGUUGUUUCCCCAACUCGCGAGUUGGCCCUCCAGAUCUUUGGUGUUGCCCGAGAACUCAUGGCCCACCACUCACAAACUUACGGUAUUGUUAUCGGAGGCGCAAACCGUCGCGCUGAGGCCGACAAGCUCGCCAAGGGUGUUAACCUACUUAUUGCCACCCCUGGACGUCUGCUCGACCAUCUGCAAAACACUCCUUUCGUUUUCAAGAACCUGAAGUCCCUUGUUAUUGAUGAGGCGGAUCGAAUUCUUGAGAUUGGUUUCGAGGAUGAAAUGCGACAGAUUAUCAAGAUUCUCCCUAAGGAGGACCGACAGACAAUGCUUUUCUCUGCUACUCAAACAACCAAGGUUGAGGAUCUUGCCCGUAUCUCGUUGCGUCCUGGCCCUCUAUACAUCAACGUCGAUGAAGAGAAGCAGUACAGCACUGUGGAGGGCCUGGAACAGGGUUACGUUAUCUGCGAUGCCGAAAAGCGAUUCAAUCUUCUCUUCUCAUUCCUCAAGCGCAAUCUCAAGAAGAAGAUCAUUGUCUUCUUCAGUAGUUGUGCUUGUGUGAAAUAUCACGCCGAACUCCUCAACUAUAUCGAUAUUCCUGUUCUUGACCUCCACGGCAAACAGAAGCAGCAGAAGCGAACAAACACCUUCUUCGAGUUCUGUAAUGCCAAGCAGGGUACUCUGAUCUGCACUGAUGUUGCCGCCCGUGGCCUUGAUAUUCCUUCCGUUGACUGGAUUGUCCAGUUCGACCCCCCGGAUGACCCCCGCGACUACAUUCACCGUGUCGGUCGAACUGCCCGAGGCAGCAACACCAAGGGCCGAUCUCUUCUGAUCCUUCAGCCCAACGAGGUUGGCUUCUUGUCGCACCUCAAGGCCGCCCGUGUCCCCGUCGUAGAAUAUGACUUCCCCAAAAUUAUCAACAUUCAGUCUCAACUCGAGAAGCUCAUCAGUUCAAACUACUACUUGAACAAGAGUGCCAAGGAUGGCUACCGCAGCUACCUCCACGCCUACGCCUCUCACUCGCUGCGCAGUGUUUUUGAUAUCAACAAGCUGGAUCUGGCCAAGGUCGCCAAAAGCUUUGGCUUCACAGUACCACCUCGUGUUGACAUCACCCUCGGUGCUAGCAUGAGCAGGGACAAGAAGCAUCAGGGACGCAGAGCAUAUGGUAGUCAGCCACGACAGGGUCAAGGAAACAAGUUCACCAGGUAG